AUGAGCGGCGGCGGCGCGCUCCAGCGCCUGGCGGCGCGCAUCACCUGGGCGCUGUUCAAGCGGGAGAGGGUUGGAGUGGACGAGCUGGGCAACAUCUACUACAGAAAGCUGGAGAGGAGCGCGGAUGGGGAGGAGGUGGAGCGGCGGUACGUGAAGUACUCAUCCACUAUCGACCCCACCUUACUGCCGGCGGAGUGGCAUCAGUACCUGCACCGCGCCCGCCCCGAGCCGCCCAGCCAGGACGACAUCAGGCGCGGCCAGCACCAGCGGGAGCUGUUCAGGCAGCGGGUGGCGGCGCUGGAGGCAGAGGACGCGGCGCGGCGCUUCCAGGAGCAGACGGGCGGCGGCGGCGGCGACGGCGGGUUUGUGCAGCAGCUGCCAGAGGGGGAGGCCAGCCAGCCGCGAUGA